AUGUGGGGGCCUAGUAGCGGCGGUCGUGGAAUGUGGAGAGCACCAUACGGUGGCGGCGGCGGGAUGGGAGGACCAUAUGGAGGCGGUGGCGGUGGCGGGGGCAGCGGCGGCAGUGGUGGCUUAGUUAGUAUGUGGGGACCAUAUGGAGGUGGCGGCGGAAUGUGGGGACCAUAUGGUGGCGGUGGCGGUGGCGGCGGCGGCAGCGGUGGUGGUGGUGGUGGCGGCGGCCCAGGUAAUCCGUGGGGACCAUCUGGUGGUGGUGGCGGCAGUAGCGGCGGUACGUGGAGACCACCGUACGGAGGACAAGGUGGAUCAUGGGGAAGAGGAUUGUUACCUGUGAAAAAUGCGUAA